GUUACCUCAUCGCCGCCUCCGGGAGGCCCCGCUCGCUGGCGCCGCCGGCUGGGGCGGCGACUCCAGGCGCGGAAGCGAGAGAAGGACGGAGGCACAGAGGCUCCGGGAGGCAGUGCUGCCCCCCGCGCCCCGCACCGCUGCGGGACCCGCGCUGCGAGGGGGGCGGACUUCGGGGCCCGGCGCGGCCGCCGGCGCCUGGGUUGGCGCUGCGGGGCGGAGGCGGUGUCUGAGCGCCGCUCCGGGUCUGCGCUCUCCUCCCGGGCUUCGGCACCCGCCCGAGCCGCUCGCGCGUCCGCCACCUGUCUGCCCACUCCGUUGUCUGUCCGUUCUCCCGCCGCCAGCUCCGGCCUCGGGCCUGCCCUCUCCGGUCUCUGUGUUCCGGGGUCGACGAGAAGCGCGGCGGGGCCGAGGCGCACCGGGCAGGGCGCGCAGGGCGCACGGCCGGGGGGCGCACGGCGCGGCGCCGGUCCAUGAGGCUUUCCAGAGCGGAGAGCGGCAGCGCCGGCCGGCCAUGGGGGGCAGCCUGCGGGUGGCCGUUCUAGGCGCCCCGGGCGUGGGCAAGACGGCCAUCAUCCGCCAGUUCCUGUUCGGUGACUACCCCGAGCGCCACCGGCCCACGGACGGGCCGCGCCUCUACCGACCCGCGGUGCUGCUCGACGGCGCCGUCUACGACUUAAGCAUCCGCGACGGCGACGUCGCUGGCCCCGGCUCGAGCCCUGGGGGUCCGGAGGAGUGGCCAGACCCUAAGGACUGGAGCUUGCAGGACACGGACGCCUUCGUGCUCGUCUACGACAUCUGCAGCCCGGACAGUUUCGACUACGUGAAGGCCCUGCGGCAGCGCAUCGCGGAGACCAGGUGGGGGCGCGGCAGGUCUGGCGGUGGGGAGCCAGGGCAAAUCUGGCCCGGUGUUUGCCUGAGGGGAGUGUGUAGGGUCUCCCAACGUCGUGGGCCGGGUCUUAGGCCUUCGCCCAUGGGAAGGUCUUCGCUGUGUGUGCUCUUUUGCCCACAUGGGCCUGGAGUUCGGUGGGAAGGGCCUCUGGCUGUAGGAAGGGAAUGCGCCUGCGUGUGUAUACCCACUGGGGGAAUUCUCCGGCCGUGGGGUCCCCGGCACCGCGUCUCUCAUCUCCAUUCGGCCCCCAGGCCGGCGGGCGCGCCCGAAGCGCCCAUCCUCGUGGUAGGCAACAAGCGAGACAGGCAGCGGCUGCGCUUCGGACCGCGGCGCGCGCUGGCCGCCCUGGUGCGCAGGGGCUGGCGCUGCGGCUACCUCGAGUGCUCGGCCAAGUACAACUGGCACGUGCUGCGUCUCUUCCGUGAGCUGCUGCGCUGCGCUCUGGUGCGCGCGCGCCCUGCACACCCGGCCCUGCGCCUGCAGGGGGCGUUGCAUCCAGCGCGCUGCAGCCUCAUGUGACCCGAUUGGACAGUGCCAUCCAUGGGCCCCACCUUGUGACUGGGACAACCAGGGACCUGGAUUGGACAGGAUCGCCCAACUUCACUGGGACUGGACAGGGCAGUCUCCGCCCUGAUUGGAUGAGGCCUAAGCGACGGGCCCCUUUUUGAACCUCAUUGGACCCAACCAGGUCCCAAGCUCCAUUGGAGAUGACCAGUCCUUUCUGGGACCUCAGUGGGUCACAAUCCCACUGGAUGGAAAGGACUUGGCUAUGAAUUUGGAAACGCGAGGCCUGCUCCUGGAGCUUCACUGGACAUAUUCUUUGUGCCACUCCUAUCGCAGGAUAAUAAACGGGAAAAUAAUU